GAGACUUCUUCCUGAUUUUUGAACCAACAUCCCAAAAUCUACUCUUUGAAGCUUCUCUUACUUUUUUUCGUCAAAAGAUUGUAGCAUUGUGCUUCGCUUAUGAUGAUUUGUAAGUCAUAUCAAAGAAACCGACUUUGGGGUUUUUCAUAUCGCUUUCCUUGCUAACUAUGAAGCGUGAGAUGAAAGCUCCUAAUACUCCACAAGAGAGUCUCCAAGUCAACCUGAAAGGAAAACAAGGGAGGACAUCUGGCCCUGCAAGACGAUCCACCAAAGGACAAUGGACACCCGAAGAGGACGAAGUUUUGUGUAAAGCUGUUGAGCGUUUUCAAGGAAAGAACUGGAAGAAGAUAGCUGAAUGUUUUAAGGAUCGGACUGAUGUCCAGUGUCUUCAUAGAUGGCAAAAGGUCUUGAACCCAGAGCUUGUGAAAGGACCGUGGUCAAAAGAGGAGGAUAACACAAUAAUUGACCUGGUUGAAAAAUAUGGGCCAAAGAAAUGGUCUACUAUAUCUCAGCAUUUACCUGGGCGCAUAGGAAAGCAAUGUAGGGAAAGGUGGCAUAACCAUCUUAACCCUGGGAUUAAUAAAAAUGCUUGGACUCAAGAAGAGGAACUUACUCUUAUUCGUGCGCAUCAAAUUUAUGGGAAUAAAUGGGCAGAGCUUAUGAAAUUUUUGCCAGGAAGGUCAGAUAAUUCGAUAAAAAAUCACUGGAACAGCUCAGUUAAGAAGAAGUUGGAUUCCUACUAUGCAUCAGGUCUUUUAGAUCAGUGUCAAAGCUCGCCAUUAAUUGCCCUUCAGAACAAAUCUAUCGCUUCAUCUUCCUCAUGGAUGCACAGCAGUGGAGAUGAAGGUAAUUCAAGGCCAGGGGUUGAUGCUGAAGAAUCAGAAUGCAGCCAAGCUUCAACUGUUUUCUCACAAUCAACAAACGAUUUACAAGAUGAGGUUAAACCUGGAAAUGAGGAAUAUUACAUCCCUGAAUUUCAUUCAGGAACAGAGCAGCAAAUCUCAAACGCUGCAUCUCAUGCAGAACUGUACUACCCUUCCUUUGAAGAUGUCAAAAUUGUUGUCCCCGAAAUAUCUUGUGAGGGAGAAUGCUCAAAGAAGAUUCAGAAUCGUAAUUGUUCUCACGAGGUUAGCACUACCACAGCUGCUGAGGAUCAAUUGCAGGGUGUAUCUAAUGAUGCUAAACAGGACCUCGAUCUAGAUUUAUUGACCCAUAACAUGGACAACUAUGGAAAAAAUCAAGCACUUCAACAAGCUUUUCAAAGUUCAGUAAGAUUAAGUGAUCAACCUUCUUUGCCAAACUCGGACACAGAUCCAGAAGCUCAAACUUUGAUCACGGAUGAGGAGUGUUGUAGGGUUCUUUUUCCAGAUACCGUGAAAGAUAGCAGUAUAUCUUCUGGUGAGCAAGGUCGGAAUAUGGUUGACCCUCAGAAGGGCAAAGGAUCUCUUUGUUCUCAGGCUGCAGAAACCCAGGCUGAUGAAACUGGGAAACUUCCAGCUUUGUCCUGGCAUCCUUCAAGUUCUGAGGGCCUGGCGGGUCAUAAUUGUGUCCCUUUGUUAGAUUCAGACUUGAAGGACUCACUUUUACUCUGUAAUGAUUCCAACGCUCCUAUACAAGGCUGUCACCUUUUUGGAGCUACUGAAUUAGAACGUAAAACUGAUACAAAUGACGGUUUCAUCGACACUGAUGGACAUGUAACUUCCCAUGGCAAUGAUGAUAAUGAUGGCAUCCCAGAACAACAGGGGCUGUCAUAUAUUCCAAAGGAUUCUUUGAAGCUAGUACCUCUGAAUAGUUUUUCUUCUCCUUCUAGAGUGAACAAGAUUUAUUUUCCUAUCGAUGAUAAGCCAGCUGAAAAAGACAAAGGAGCUCUUUGUUAUGAACCUCCACGUUUUCCAAGUGCAGAUAUUCCUUUCUUCAGCUGUGAUCUUGUACCAUCAAAUAGUGACUUACGGCAAGAGUACAGUCCCUUUGGUAUCCGCCAGUUGAUGAUUUCUUCAAUGAAUUGUACAACUCCGUUAAGGUUAUGGGAUUCACCGUGUCACGAUAGGAGCCCUGAUGUCAUGCUUAAUGAUGCUGCCAAAAGUUUUAGUGGUGCACCAUCCAUCUUAAAGAAGCGGCAUCGAGACUUGCUUUCACCUGUGCUUGAUAGAAGAAAAGACAAAAAGUUUAAAAGGGCUGCGACGACUUCCUCCUUGGCUAAUGAUUUUUCUCGCUUAGAUGUAAUGCUUGAUGAAGGAGAUGAUUGCAUGUCCUCUCGUCUGUCAGAAUCUCCUGGAAAUGAAAAUAGAUGUGCCUCCCCUUCCAAAGCCAAAGAUAACAGAAAUUCUGCAUCAGGUCGGUCAGAUCAAGAAAUGAUUCCUAUAGAUGAGGAACCAAAGGAAACCUUAGAGUCAGGUGGAGUGACUUCUAUGCAAAAUGAAAAGGGAUGUAAUGACGGUGGUGCUUCAGCUAAAAAUGACCAAGAAAAUUCUGGAAGUUUUGUUGAGAUACGACUGUGUUCUCCUGGUAUGACUCGAUCUAGACCAGAUAACAAAGUUAAUACAAGUGCGAAAGAUCUAUCAAACCAGCACAAAAGAUCAUUAGGUGAUAUUCCAACUGAAGAAAUCUCAUCAGAACCUUCAUGCACAGUGGACUCUAUUCCUUUAUCAGAAAUUGAUAAAACUAACACUACAGAGACUAGCUUUGAUAUUGAAAACUUCAACAUAUUUGAUGGAACUCCGUUCAGAAAACUCCUUGAUACCCCAUCACCGUGGAAAUCUCCUUUACUCUUUGGUACUUUCUUGCAAAGUCCAAAGUUGCCUCCAGAAAUUACAUUUGAGGAUAUUGGGUGUUUUAUGAGUCCCGGCGAGAGAAGUUAUGAUGCCAUAGGACUGAUGAAGCAUUUGAGUGAACACUCAGCUACGGCAUAUGCAGAUGCCUUGGAAGUUCUGGGUAAUGAUACACCUGAAACGAUACUCAAGAAGAGACAGCUGAACAAGUCCAUUCAAGGGAAAGAAAAUCAGCACCAGCCUCAUGAUCAGCUUGGAAACCGAUCCCAGGUGGAGUGUCGCACCUUAGACUUCAGCGAUUGUGGGACACCAGGGAAAGCGACGGUACCCUCGGCUUCUCCGGGAGGCUACUCGAGCCCAUCAUCAUACCUUUUGAAGAGUUGCAGAUAGUGAAGGCUGGUUUUGUUCAUAGAGCUCUGAAGGGACAUUCAUUCUCGCCUUCAAUUUUUUGAUCUCAUAUGUGUAUGUCUUUUUAAUUCCAUCUUUGUCCAAUUUUCUUGUUGCUAAUUUUUUUUUAAUGUGUAGAUCUCACAACUCUGGACAUGAUACAAUUGAUUAAAUAGCGGAAAAGUAACUUGUUCUCAAGAAAUUAACUUUGAACUC